GAUAUGUAGAAGGAAAAUCUAGUUUAUAUACAUAGAAUAUCGAAAAUUCCAGUAAUCUGCAUGCUGCAACACUGUUCAGUAGUGUUCAAACAUCGUAGUGUAGAAGAUAAUGUAGAAGUGACAAAUAUCAUAAUCCUUUUUGUUCUGAGAGACGAUAAUGUUACGGAUUCAGAACUAUUCAAGUUGAUAUUGUUCAAUUUGAUAAAUGGCGUUUGUUUGUUCACGAAGAGAUAUUAUUGAACACCUAGAAAUUAAAUCAAUAAAUUCGCAUCUAAGAUAGUGAUCGUGAUCGAUUAGUUUGGCAUAUUAAAGGAAACCCUACAGAAAAUAUGAGUGUUGAAUGAUGCCUACGACUAAGUGCAUUACCCUCGAGGAAGAACUGAAGAAAAAUCCGGAACUGAAAAUAUCAGAUAUACAAAUUCUGAGAGAAUGGUGCGAGAAACAACCUCAUCUGCCGAAAAUUCAAGAUGUGGAACUUGCCAUUUUUCUACAUAGUAAUUAUUAUCAUAUAGAGCCGACGAAGAACACGAUCGAAAAUUAUUACACUUAUAGGACCCAUAUGCCGGAAAUAUUUUCUAACAGGGACUUACAUAAAAAACAACAACUGCGAAAUGUUUUUAAAGUUGUAGGUUUGAUUCACCUAGAGGGUAAGACGAAGGAGGGAUAUGGUAUAAUGGCAUCACAUCUUAUCGAUAAGAAUCCUUCACAUUUCUACCUCAAUGAAAUGCUCACCGUCAGUAAUAUGAUAUACGAAGAAUUUCUUUGGACUCACGGAUCGAUGCCAAGUUAUGUCAUCGUUAUGGAUAGUAUAGGAAUGACAGUUGGACAUAUUGCACGUACAAACUUAAUAUCAGUAAAGAAAUUUUUAUCCUAUGUCCAAGAUGCCAUGCCAAUACGACUGAAAGAGAUUCAUAUAAUAAACACGUCGCCAAUCGUAGAAAUGCUAUGGAACGCAGUGAAACCUUUCAUCAAUGCGGAACUAAUAAAUUUGAUACGCUUCCACUCAACAGUGCAAAAUGCAAGCGAAUGCUUUCCAAUCGAUGCGUUACCUAAUGAGCUUGGUGGAAAAGCAGGUGUCAUACAGGAAUUAAUGGACGCACAAUUAAAGAAGAUAGAAAAUUUUCGCCAAUGGUUCUUGGAAGACGAAAAGAACAAUCGAGUGAACGAGUCGCUGCGGAUCGGCAAAAGCAAGACAUCUAGUGAUCUGUUUGGCGUGGACGGUAAUUUCAAAACGAUAGAAUUUGACGGAAUCACAGCGCGAUUAUUUUGUGAAGUGAACAUGGCUGCGGUAAAGUUCGAAGACGAGUUGAAGAAGAAUCCCGAAUUGAAGGAGGCGGACAUACAGAUGUUGCGAGAAUGGUGUGAGAAACAGCCUCAUCUGCCAAAGAUAUCGGACGCCAUGUUAGCAUUAUUUUUGCACAGCAAUUACUAUCGGCUCGAACCAACGAAAGCCAGCAUCGAUACUUUCUACUCGGUUAGAAGCCACGUACCCGAAUUCUUCAACGAUCGGGAUCUUGUGAACAAUAAAGAUCUAAAGAAGGCUUCUCAAGUAGUAACGAACCAGAUUUUAAAUGGAUGCACCCGGGAAGGCUAUAAAAUCAUUUAUGGAAGACUGCUAAAUAACGAUCCGUCGCAAUUCGUUUACAACGACGCCAUGAAAUUGCUCAAUAUGGUGAUCGAUCUGUGGCUCUAUACAGAGGGUACAUGCGACGGUCAUGUGAUAAUAUUCGACAUGAAUAAUGUUUCCUUUGGUCACGUGGGCCGUUUAAGUCCUAUGGGUUUAAAGAAAUUCCUUUAUUAUCUGCAAGAGGGAUUGCCCGUCCGACUUCGAGGCUUUCACUUUAUGAAUGCUUCUCCGGUAAUAGACGUUAUCCUGAAUAUGAUGAAACCCUUUAUGAAGAAACAAUUGAUGGAUAUGUUUCAUAUGCAUACCACAAGCGAAUCUUUAGAAAAAUUCAUACCGCUCGAUGUUCUUCCAAACGAAGCGGGCGGCAAGGCCGGACCUAUACAAGAAUUACAGGACAAGAAUAUAGAAAACCUGACAAAUCAUGCCGCUUGGUUCAAAGAGGAAGAGGCCAAUUGCCGCGUCAAUGAAUCAUUGCGGCCUGGCAAGGCAAAGACAGCGACGGAUCUGUUCGGCGUUGAAGGGAGCUUCAAGAAGCUCGAAAUCGAUUAAACUCGAACAAUCUGGUGGAAUUUGCGUCGACAAAAUUUGCAUUACUGUUAACCAAAUGAUCUUGCUUUGAAAAAUGAAUAAUUAUAAAAAUAAGAAAAAACAAAUUUUUUCUAUCCUGACAACGAAAUUACAUUUGCUCUGAUAACGAAUAAUUUGUAAAAUUAGUUACGUCAAUUAAAUUUUUUUUAUAUCACUACGAAUAUACAGUAGCAACGACGAUUUUGCUAAAAGAACAAAAUUAUUUUUCUCCGAAUAUAAUCCCUUAUUUAUAAAGUAAUAUAUAUUCAAUACAUCUUAGAAAAAUCGAAUGUAGCAGAAGCUAAUUAUUAAUUUUUACAUUUAUAAUAAGUAGACGUAUUAUAUCUGCAUGCACGAAUUAAGAAUUUAAUUCUAUUAAUAUUUAUUAUUUCACUUUUACUCGGUAAUUAGGUUCCUUUUGUCUCACAUUGCUUAUGUUCUAUGUAUGAAUAAUGAAAUGUAUUCUUUUACAGUAAUUAAAUGUGUUUUUCCAUCCUGGAAAAAUAAACUCGAACAAAAUUUCAA